AUGCACGCCUCACUCAGCUCUGUCGUGGAAGUCGUCUUCGCUCAGAUCAAUGGUUCCGCUCAGGUGUUCGACACACCAACAACCAGGCUCAAACUAAUAUUCCUCCGCCCAAUACGAAAGCUCGUGAUGUCAAACACCGCCACAUCUUGGACGACGGAAUGGAUUUCAAUGCUGCCACGUGCAUUCGACGACUCCGGCGGUGGGCUCUGGGGUAUGAUUCCUGUUACGAUCGAGAGCCUUGGUGAAGUUUUUGAGGCUUUUGGGUCUUCUAGGAACUUCAUGCAUCGGACACACACCGCGGGUCGGAUAUCUUCAUUUCAUCUCCUUUGCGUCUUCCUUCCCGAAGCCAACUCAAAAGACAUGCAAGACUCGCAUCGCACAAGAGCAAUCCCUCUAGCCAGCCAUCAAGCAGAAGGUCGGAAUCUCUCCACCAUCCAUCUUCGCCGAAACACGUGGAUCCAGCCAGGCACAAGCGCUAUCGAUAAGUCGCACUAUCUCCUAUCACAAGUUGCUGCAUAA